UUGGCUGGACGGGACAUGGCCUGGUGGCCGAUUGGAGCGUCUCUCUUUGCCAGCUCAGAGGGCUCAGGAUUGUUUAUUGGUCUGGCUGGGACCGGAGCUGCUGGAGGCAUCGCUGUCACCGGCUUUGAAUGGAAUGCCACUUACGUGUUGCUGGCUCUGGCCUGGGUAUUUGUGCCAGUCUACAUCUCCUCAGGGAUCGUGACAAUGCCGGAGUACUUGGGCCGUCGUUUCGGAGGAGAGAGGAUCAGAACCUACCUGGCUGUCCUCUCGCUGCUGUUGUCCGUCUUCACAAAGAUAUCAACUGACCUGUACUCUGGAGCCUUGUUCAUUCAGGUGUGUCUGGGUUGGAACCUCUACCUGUCAACUGUCCUCAUGCUGGUGGUCACUGCUCUCUAUACAAUUGCAGGUGGUCUUGCCGCUGUCAUCUACACAGACACCCUGCAGACAUUUGUCAUGAUAGUUGGAGCUAUCAUCUUAACAAUCACUGCUUUCAACAAGAUUGGCGGCUACGGCAAUCUGGAGCGUGUGUACAGCAUGGCGGUGCCCAGUAAGAUCAUUCCCAACAGUACCUGCCACCUGCCACGUCAGGACGCCAUGCACCUGUUCAGAGACGCUGUCACUGGAGACUUGCCCUGGCCCGGCAUGACUCUGGGGCUCACCAUACUGGCCACCUGGUACUGGUGCUCUGACCAGGUGAUUGUACAACGGUCCCUGUCUGCUAAAAACAUGAGUCAUGUGAAAGGAGCAUCAAUCCUGGCUGCCUAUCUGAAGAUGCUGCCCUUCAUCUUUAUCAUCCUCCCUGGCAUGAUCAGCCGAGCUCUCUACCCAGACUCUGUAGGAUGUGUGGAUCCAGAAGAGUGUGUGCGAGUGUGUGGAGCCGAGGUGGGAUGCUCCAACAUCGCCUUUCCCAAACUGGUCAUUGAACUCAUGCCAAGCGGCUUGCGUGGACUUAUGAUAGCAGUGAUGAUGGCUGCUCUUAUGUCAUCGCUGACCUCCAUCUUUAAUAGCAGCUCCACGCUCUUCACUAUGGACAUCUGGAAGAAACAUCGCCCUCGGGCCUCAGAGAAAGAGCUGCUACUGGUCGGCAGGAUCGUGACUGUGAUCUUGGUGAUGGUGAGUGUGGUGUGGAUCCCCAUCCUGCAAUCGGCCAAUAGUGGCCAGCUGUAUGUCUACAUCCAGUCAGUGACGAGCUACCUCGCUCCACCCGUCACUGCUGUCUUCACUCUGGCUGUCUUCUGGAAGAGGACAAACGAGCAGGGCGCGUUCUGGGGCCUGAUGGUGGGUUUGGUGGUGGGUGUGUGUAGGAUGGUGCUGGAGUUUGCCUUCCCGCCUCCCAGAUGUGGCGUCGUGGACUCCGCCCCUGCGGUGCUGCGCGGUGUCCACUACCUCCAUUUCGCCAUACUGCUCUGUGGGCUCACUGCUGUCGUGGUUACUGUAGUGUCACUGCUCACACCACCGCCCACCCACGAACAGGUGUGUAACUUGACCUGGUGGACUCUGACUGAAGAGCCUCAAAGAGAAAUUCCUUUACAGAAAGUGUCCACUGUCAGCCACCGUAGUUCCCAGGGCUCUGAGCCAACACGGCGGGUGACAUGUGGUCAGGGAACAGGAUUGUGUAUCUCAGCAGCGCGGCGAUCAGAAGCCACUCCAGCUCCCAGAGUUCUCAGUGUUAGAGAGAGUGUGUUCUGGUCCAGGUUCUGCUGUGUGAAUGCGCUCCUGCUGGUCAGCAUCAACAUUUUUCUCUAUGCGUACUUUGCCUGAGUAGAGGAUCAGAUUUAACAUCCUGCCUCACCCUCCUGCUGAACUCCAACAUGAACUUGAAACCCGGCCUGCCUGCUGAACAGCCGCUGAUCGGUGGGAAACAAACUGUGUACUUUUUGUACUGAUUUUACACAAAUCCUUCAAAAUCAAGGGAAUGCACUGUAUCAAGUGAAUCAUGCAAAUGUGGCUUCAGAUGUACAAAAAAAAAAAAAAUCACAUUUCAAGCUAGAAAAUAGCGAGAGCACAUACUUCCACUAAGGCUGCACAAACCUCUAAAUGCAUUAUUUUCCUAAAAGACAAUGCUGAGAAUAGUUUUAAUCUGCAUCUGGAGCCACAUUUGUAUCAGAUUACACAUAAUGAUAGAUAAUCAUGGGAAUUUCUUUUCUUUCAGCUCAGUGUGAGUGAGGAAGUGUAAUUUGGGCUGUGUUCAGCGUUCUCUUUCAAAAUCACUUUGUUAGACGUACAGUGUUUCUACAGAUGUGCUCUCAUGGUAGCAUCUUGAUCUUUUUACUGCUGCUCCACUACAGACUGUUGGUUUGUUCAUAAAACCUAAUUUGUUGGAAUGCAGUUUUAAACUUUUAGAAGGUUAUUGUACAAAUUACAAUGAAGCUUGUGGCUUGUAACAAGCUAACAUGAAUGUGCAGUUAGUGCUCGAUAAAAAACGACAUCUAGAUGAAAGGCUGUCACUCAUCUUGAAUUUAAAGCUUACAUAAUACAUAGUGAGAUUAUAUAGUGAGAAUACAUGUAUGUGCUUUAGGUUGCAUGCGACUUUCAUAAUUCAAUUUUCUUUUGAGUCUAUGGCAUUCUUAAUGGUAAUUACAUAGUUAUAUUUAUGUCUGUCAGGCACGGUUUUUGACUCCUCAAUUAUUGUUCAAGUGCUCUUUCUUGCUAUUUAGCUUGUUUAUGAAUAUGAAUCAGAAUUUAUCAACCUUAUCUGCUCCAAAUGCAUCUAAACUAUAAAGAAAUAAUGAACCAUUUAUUUUUUAUUAUCAGUCCUGCAAAUUGACUUUGACUCCUUUCUCCUUAAGGGGCACCAACUCCAAGGUUGAGAAACUCUAAUUCUGUAAUGUGGAUGUUGCUGUGCAUUUAAUUCAUUUUUUUAAUUAUUAUUAUUGGCGAAGGUAUUGAGAAGUACAGAUUGUUGAAUGUCAAGAACCUCAUGUUCGUCAAAAGACAAAAUGUCUUGACAACCUGUCCAUCAAAUAUUUUUUUCUUCUGAUAUCUCAAAUAAAGUUAAAGAUGUGCA